UUCACACGUGUAACUCAGAUUGCGGCGUGAUGGGUAAACAGAAGAAACAUGGAGGAUUUAAAUCCGCAUCUAAACACAAACCUGCUGCUAAAAAGAGACAAAAUAAACUCGUCCUGGUGUUCGAUGAUGAAGAGCGACAGGAGUUUCUUACAGGAUUCCGCAAGAGAAAGAACGAGAGACGUAAAGCAGCAGUGGAGGAGAUCAAGAACAAACUGAAAGAGGAGCAGAAACGAGUCAGAGAGGAGAGACAUAAAGAAUAUCUGAAGAUGCUGAAAGAGAGACAAGAAGCUCUGGAGGAAGCGGAUGAACUCGACGACGCCGUCACGUCCCAAACCGAGUGUGUGCAGUACAAUCAUCCCAACCACACCGUCACCGUGACAACCAUCAGCGAUCUCGACCUAUCAGGAGCUCAACUGCUGGAGCCGCCAACCAAUCAGGAAGCAGCAGGAAGUGAGGGUGAGGAGGAGAAGGAGAGGAGUGAUGAAGAGAAAGUGAAAGCAUUACCGAAGAAAGCUGGAAAUCCUCUUCUAUCCAAAAAGAUUCAGUCUCUGUCGGCGUCGCUCAACACUUUCACCAAACAGAAGAAGAACAAAAAGAGUAAACAGGAUUUUAGGGGGAGGAGUCAGCAGGGGGACAGGAAGUCGUCAGCCUCUCAGGGCAACAAGCAUCGGCAGGGUAGAACCACCAAGAAGCAGCGGCGACAGAGGACCGGCAGGAGGGGGCGGAGCGACGACUGAGGACUUCCUGUUGUGUUAGUGACGUCUGUGUGAACUGUCCUGAUAAAAUCAUCAGCCUUAUAUAAGAGAGAUAAAAACAUGAAUAAUUGUGGAUGUUACAGCUUCAGUCACUGCACGGUCAGGUUCAGGCUCAAACACACCGGGCGGGACGUCUCUGGGUCCAGCAGUCGGAUUGUAGAAUUGAUGACUGGGUGUGACUGAUUUUUACUGAUGAAUGUUAAUGGUUACCAGUUAAACUGUACAAACGUUUGGAGGUUUUGUUUAAUUCUUCACCCUCUGAAACUGCCUGUUCAGGACUGAAGUCACCAUGUUUAUGAACUAAACAAUUCCAGAGCUGAUUUUGUACUGUUUUUUAUUCAGGUUUAUUAUAAUCAGGCUUUAGAAUAAAUUCUUUCAAAAGAA